CGACAGGUAUUAAUGACAUGCCAUUAUAACCCAAUAUUGUCAUGUGAAAAAACUCUAAUUUUGAUCAAAAUUUUCGUGAAAAAUGGCAGAAGAUGACGCAGGCGCAAACGAUAUACUCACAGACGAAGGGGAUUCUCGUCCUUCGAGUCAUCGAACCAGGAAAACGCAACAGAUAAGAAAACGUUCACCACCACAAAAUAAUCCAAAAUGUCGACCCAGGAUUGAAGUCCUAGCCAUACCCAACCGUCGGCUAAUAUUAUCGUUAUAUCAAAACCACGCAUAUCAUUUUCCACGCGAUAAAGUCGAAAAAAUCAAAAUACUUUUACAAGAACUUUAUGCGAUGACCCCUGAAGAGACCGAGAAAUACUUUGAACAUCUCAGGCGGCAAGCCGAAGAAAUAGGGAGAAGAAAAGAUAUCAAAUUUAUGCUCAAAAGGUUACUUAAACGCAAGAAAAAGGCCAAACAAAUCAAAAAAGCAUACGACUUUAUCAAUAGACUACUCAUCAAAGGUCUAGAGUAUGCAUCAGUGCAUCCCGUCCCCCCAUUAGUAUCCGUAAGACUCAGAAAUCUAUCGAACAUCAUAUUAGAGCAAAUAUGCGACCUGAAAAACAUGAACAUUCCAAACAGAGAAAACCCUGACCAGGUCGGGUCAUUUAUGUUGCAAGUGGCGGAUUGGAUGGCUAUCGCCGUUGAACACUUGUACUACGGAGUUCAGUUGAAGAAAAAUCGCGAGUUGGAGAAGAUCGAAAAGGAGGCGAAAACUAAGGUGCCUACCAAAAAGAAAGUUGAACCCGUUCAAGAACAACCUGAGGAGGUUGAAACUGGAGCAGUUUUAUCGGAACCAUUAUCGUUUGAUGAAAUGGAGUAGAGUUUUUUAAGGGGGUCACUUAUUUUAAGUAAAUUACGUAUUUUAGACUA